CGCAACACCGCUGCCCAUCCGUGUUGCUCCUCCCCUCCCACAAUGUCUAUCCGCGUCCUGAUCAAGGACUACCCGAACCGCGCCAUCGCCCUCGCGACCGCCUCCCACGUCCUCAUCUUGCGCCACAGCCCCACGAGCACCGCGGACCACGGGUCGCAUAACAACUCUUCGACUUCCUUGACCAGCAAUGGCGCCGCGUCCGCCCGGUGCAUGGUUGAGUUCGCCGCGGUGGACCAGGUCGAUCUCAGCGAGUACAGGUCACUGAGCGCGCUGUCGGUCCACGGAACCCUAGGCCUUAUAACCGUGAACGGGGAUGUGUUCUUGGUGGUUGUCAGUGGGGCGAGCAAGGUCGCGAGUGUGCGGCCGGGCGAGACGGUGCUGAGGAUUCAUUCGGUCAAUUUUUAUUGCUUGAAUAGUUCCAACUACGACCACCUUUUGAACGAUGAGAUAAAUCCGUAUCCGACCGACACGAUUGAUGAUGAGGGCUUUGAGAUGGGAUAUGGCCGCGGCAAGGGGGAGAGUCCGCUGGAGCAUCCGUGUUUGGCGCUGAAGAAGCUGUUGAGUAGUGGCACUUUUUAUUAUAGUGCGGAUUUUGACCUUACGAGGCGGCUUCAGGAUAGGUCCUCAGAUGCGUCUACUGUUGCGAUUGACAGCUUAGACGCCGGGUUUCUAUGGAAUUCGUACAUGAUCCAACCUCUGGUCGAUUUCAGAUCACGGCUAUCACAGCGGGAAAAGGAUGCUUUGGAUGCGUCGAGGAUCUUAACGUCUGCGAUUCGUGGAUUCGCGCUUACUAUCACCGUGCCAGCGCAUUCAAACCCUCUUCGCUCAAGCAAAUCAGGGAUGCCGUCUGCGAUGACUCUCAUAUCCAGACUAUCUUGCAGAAGAGCUGGGACAAGAUUCAAUGCCCGAGGAAUCGAUGAUGACGGAAACGUAGCCAACUUCGUCGAAACAGAGACGAUCUUCUGGUCACCAACUGGCGUCUGCUUCUCCUAUGUCCAGGUCAGGGGCAGUGUUCCAGUCUUCUGGGAGCAGGUCGCCGGUCUCAUCCCCGGACAGCAAAAGAUCUCCAUCACCAGGUCAUCAGAGGCAACGCAACCAGCAUUCGAUAAACACUUCGAGAACCUGGAAUUGGCCUACGGCGCCGUGCACGUAGUCAACCUCCUCAGCAACGAGAAGCCAGGAGAGCUAGACCUGACGAAUCGCUACCGCCAUCACAUCAACCGCAGCGCUCUCAACAACACCCACGAGAAGGAGUCCGGGCAUGAUCACGAGCUACUGCAACUCACUGACUUUGACUUUCACGCUGAAACUCGUGGAGUAGGCUAUGAGUCUGCGAGUAUCAUCUCCCAGCUGAUCUCGCACUCCGCAGACGGCUUCGCGUACUACCUCUCAGAAGAAACGGACGAAAGCCCGAGAUCUGGGCAAAAUGGCGGUGGGCAGACAAUUCGCCGACCCUUCACAAUUCUGCAGCAGGAAGGCAUUUUCAGGACGAACUGUUUGGACUGUCUGGAUCGGACGAACUUGAUACAGACCAUUAUUAGCAAGAUGGCUCUUGAGGCUUUUCUAAGUCAUAAGGGACUUACUGCUAGUCAAGAUUUUUGGGUCAGGCAUGGGAGUAUGUGGGCGGAUAAUGGAGAUGCGCUAUCACGAAUUUAUGCGGGUACUGGAGCCUUGAAGUCUUCUUUCACGAGACAUGGAAAGAUGUCAAUCGCUGGUGCGUUGGCAGAUGCGCGGAAGAGCGCCACUCGGAUGUAUAUCAACAAUUUUGCGGACAAAGGUCGGCAGAAUACGAUUGAUAUGCUUUUGGGCCGAUUGAUGGGCCAGGUGCCUGUUCACCUCUAUGAUCCAAUCAAUGACUAUGUACUGAACGAGUUGAACAAGAGAUCUGCUGAGUAUUCAGAAAAUGCAGUAAUCCAUAUACUAGUGGGAACUUUCAAUCUCAACGGCAAGACGAAUGGCAUCGAUCAAGAUCUAUCCGCAUGGCUAUGUCCCGAUGUCGACUCCUCACAAAAAUGUCCUGAAAUAGUAGCAGUCGGCUUCCAGGAAAUUGUCGAUCUCAGCCCUCAACAAAUCAUGUCCACGGAUCCUGCCCGCCGUCAAAGAUGGGAGCACGCAGUCAAGCAAUGCCUGAACCAAAAUGCUCGAAAACACGGGCAAGAAGAAUACGUCAAUCUCCGCGGUGGACAGCUUGUCGGCGCUUCACUUUCCAUCUUCGUACGAGCAAAUGCGUUGAAGUUGAUUAAGAACGUUGAGGGGAGCCUGAAGAAGACUGGAAUGUCGGGCAUGGCGGGAAAUAAGGGCGCCGUGGCGAUCCGAAUGGAGUAUGCAAAUACUUCUAUUUGUUUCGUGACUGCUCAUCUUGCGGCUGGCUUUGCCAAUUACGAGGAGAGGAAUCGGGAUUACAAGACCAUAAGCCAUGGAUUGCGGUUUGCGAGGAAUCGAUCAAUUGAGGAUCACGAUACAGUCAUCUGGUUGGGAGACUUCAACUACCGGAUUGGGUUGAGUAAUGAGAAGGUGCAGAAGCUUAUUCAAUUUGGGGAUCUAGAGACGCUAUAUGAAAACGACCAGCUCAAUCUCCAAAUGGUUGCCGGUUUAACAUUCCCUUAUUACUCUGAAGCCAAAAUCACCUUCGCUCCAACCUACAAGUUUGAUCUUGGGACGGACAGAUAUGACACCUCCGAGAAAGCUCGUAUCCCAGCAUGGUGCGACCGCGUACUCCGAAAAGGAGAUAACCUUCGCCAAAUCAACUACAACUCCGCAGAUCUCAAAUUCUCCGACCAUCGCCCCGUGUACGCCACUUUCCAGUGCCUAAUCAGCAAAGUCGAUGAGAAGAAGAAGGAAUCCCUUAGCAACGAUCUCUACUUCCAACGCCGUGCUAAUGUCGGUGAUUCCACUGCCAAUGGCCCUAUGGAUGACUCGGACGAUGAGGACUUAAUUGGAUAUGACUCUAUCGAGCCUGGCUUGCCGCCAGCAAGCUCGGACAAGAGGAAAUGGUGGCUUGAUAAUGGUCUUCCCGCCCGCUCCCGCGUCCAACCACCAGCCCCCGACUACCUCCCCAACCCCGCCCGCCCCUCAAACCCCUUCACCCCCUCCCCAGAACCCGACUGGGUCGAGGUCCAGCGCCUCCCAGUCCGCUCCCGCAACGCCCCCCUCUCCUCCAACACCCCAACUCUCCCCUCCCAAGAGCAGCAGAGACAGACCGCCGGAGCCGGCGGCCGCAAACUCAUCGCACCCCCCUUCCUCCCCACGCCCGCGCAGGCAACAAGCUUCGUAGACGCCGAGGGCGCGCGGUCGAACCCCACACCCCCACCAGCCUCCACGCCCACACCCACCUUACGAAAGGAAGCCGGAAACCCGAAUGGAACUAGAAACGGCACACGCCCAAUCCCCAUCGUAACGCGCUCCUCAGCCUCCAUCCGCAAACCCGCGCCGCCGGUCCCGAAGAAACCGAGUCUCCUGACUACCUCGCCGUCUGUGACCCCGUCGCCGACGGUUAGUGGCACGACGAGGGCAAGCGGGGUGCCGUUCCCCCCGCCGCCGCGCGGCGCGAGCGCUGUGCUGCAGAAGGCGCCGCCGGGGGGAGUUAGGAGUGGUAGUGGGGGGAGGGGUGAGGAGGAGGAGGGGCCGCCGCUGCCGCCGAGGAGGGCGGGGACGGUGGGCGAGAAGCAGAGGGGUGGUGGGCAGAUUAUGGAUGAGCGGGAUGAGGGGGAGUUGGAGGACUUGAGGGGGUGGGAGGUUUUGAGACCGGUGAGGUAG